UCUCUGUUCAGGGAACACCGCUCCAUACAUACACUGUUGUUAGCGACGUAGCUUCUACGACAAUCUCAUUUAUGACAUUUCUCUUUGCGACCACUUCUCUGAACUUCACUUUCUGUCACCGGCGGCUGGAUGCCGGAGUAACGGUGCGGUAGUCGGGAUCCGUUAGACCGGUGUGUUGUUGCUGCUGGCGGUGGCUGGAGCCCCUUUGAGUAUGUGUAUACAAUGAAGAGGCGUGCAGAGGACCAGGAACCAUUAUUUGCGCCCCAGCAACAACAGCCACGUCGGCCCCCAGUUCAGGGUCUUACAGAAAGCUUCCAGCACCGGGCCCUCACCCCAGCCCCGACUGUGAUAGAGGCAGACACCAUGCAGCCAUCCACCGGCAUCCAGUAUUCCCUCCCCCAGGGCUACCAGGUGCCUACACUGCCCCAGAGCACAGGUGGACACGGACAUGGACACAACAGUACUGCACCUCAUGUUGGUCCCCAUGCACACAGUUUAGCAGUUCAGCCCCAGGGUCCUGCAGUGGUCCAGGGUCACGUUCACCCACCGGCCCCCAUGAGCUCAACCCAGGGCCAGCAGCAGUUUCAGCGACUGAAGGUCGAAGAUGCGUUGUCGUAUCUGGACCAAGUGAAGCUGCAGUUUGGGAAUCAGCCACAAGUUUAUAAUGAUUUCCUUGAUAUUAUGAAAGAGUUCAAGUCACAGAGCAUCGACACUCCAGGAGUCAUCAACCGUGUGUCCCAGCUCUUCAAGGGCCACCCUGACCUCAUCAUGGGGUUUAACACCUUCUUGCCACCUGGUUAUAAGAUUGAGGUUCAAACCAACGAUCUGGUCAAUGUGACCACGCCGGGUCAGAUCCACUACAUCACCCCGCACGGUAUUUCUGUCCAGAACAUCCCUGUGAGCGGAGCACCAGCUCAGCCUGCGACCCACCACCAGCACCAGAGUGUGCCUCAGGCCAGCACCCACACCACCACCACCUCCACCCCACCCAACCCCGCCCAGCCUGCUCCAAGUAAAACCAGCAAGCCAGUCCAGUCUCCGGCCCACACCCCCACCAGCCAGCCCAAUCCAUCCAUCCCAUCCUACGCCUCGCCACGCUCCCCGUCAGUCCAGUCGCACACUCCUGUCAGCAGCACGCCAUCCAGCGGGCCUCCUGUCCAGAACAACCAGCCUGUGGAGUUCAACCACGCUAUCAAUUAUGUCAACAAGAUCAAGAACCGCUUCCAGGGUCAGCCGGACAUCUACAAAGCCUUCCUGGAGAUCCUGCACACGUACCAGAAGGAACAGCGAAAUGCUAAAGAGGCAGGAGGGAACUACACCCCGGCACUGACCGAGCAGGAGGUCUACACUCAGGUGGCGAGACUCUUCAAGAACCAGGAGGACCUGCUGUCAGAGUUUGGACAGUUCCUGCCUGAUGCCAACAGCUCCAUGCUGCUGAGUAAAGCUGCGCCAGACAGGGCAGAGUCGGUCCGUAAUGAUCACGGCGGUACAGUAAAGAGACCUUUACUGAACAACAAACAGAGGCUGAGCCAGAAUGGCCUCCCGAUCCGGAGACCUGCUGGAGUCGGCUCCACGCCACCUGUCAAGAAGAAGCCUAAGAUAAUGGGGAAAGAUCACGGCCUGGGAGACGUCGGCAAACACAGCACCAGCACUGAAACCAUGUUCUUUGAGAAGGUGAAGAAGGCUCUCCGCAGCUCUGAGGCGUACGACAACUUCCUACGGUGUCUCCACAUCUUCAACCAGGAGGUCAUCUCACGCACUGAGCUGGUCCAGUUAGUUAUCCCAUUCCUGGGGAAAUUCCCAGAGCUUUUCACCUGGUUUAAGAACUUCCUGGGCUACCGGGAAUCGAGUCACGGGGACUCGAGCCACGCAGAGACUUUACCCAAGGAGCGAGCAACGGAGGGCAUCGCCAUGGAGAUCGACUACGCUUCCUGCAAGAGGCUGGGCUCCAGCUACAGAGCUCUGCCCAAGAGCUACCAGCAGCCCAAAUGUACCGGGAGAACACCGCUGUGCAGAGAGGUUCUGAAUGACACGUGGGUCUCGUUUCCAUCGUGGUCUGAAGAUUCCACCUUUGUGAGCUCCAAGAAGACUCAGUAUGAGGAGCACAUUUACAGAUGUGAGGACGAGCGCUUCGAGCUGGACGUCGUGCUGGAAACCAACCUGGCCACGAUCCGAGCUCUGGAGACAGUGCAGCGGAGGCUUUCUCGCAUGUCAGCAGAGGAGCAGCUGCGCUUCAAGCUGGACAACACGUUGGGAGGCUCCUCUGAGGUCGUUCACCGCAAAGCCAUCCAGAGGAUAUACGGGGACAAAGCCCACGACGUCAUCGACGGCCUGAAGAGGAACCCUGCUGUGUCUGUCCCCAUAGUGCUGAAGAGGUUGAAAAUGAAAGACGAGGAGUGGAGAGAAGCCCAGAGAGGCUUCAACAAAAUCUGGCGUGAGCAGAAUGAAAAGUAUUACCUGAAGUCCCUCGACCAUCAGGGCAUCAACUUCAAGCAGAACGACACCAAAGUGUUGCGUUCAAAGACGUUGCUCAACGAGAUUGAGAUGCUCUACGAUGACCGCCAGGAGCGAGCGUCAGAGGAAACGCCGGCCCUCAGCGGUCCUCACAUGACUUUGACCUACGACGACAGCCAGAUCCUGGAGGACGCUGCCGCCCUCAUCAUACACCACGUCAAGAGACAGGUGGGCAUCCAGAAAGAGGACAAGUCAAAGAUCAAACAGAUCAUCCACCACUUCAUCCCUGACCUGCUGUUUGCCCGACGAGGUGAGCUCUCCGACGUGGAGGAGGAGGAGGAAGAGGAGGAGGAAGACAUGGAGGGGGAUCAGGACGGCCCCAAGAAGCACAACGGCCUGCCGGGCAGCAGCCCUCCCAAGUCCAAACUCCUGUUCAGCAACACGGCCGCCCAGAAGCUGCGAGGCUCAGACGAAGCCUACAACCUGUUCUUUGUGAACAACUACUGGUACAUCUUCCUCCGUCUUCACCACAUCCUCUGUUCCCGUCUGCUGCGGAUCUACGGACAAGCCGAGAAGCAGAUCGAGGAAGAAGCUCGAGAGCGAGAGUGGGAACGAGAAGUUCUGGGGCUCAAAAGGGAGAAAAACGAAAACCCAGCAAUCCAGCUGAAGAUGAAAGAGCCGAUGGACGUUGAUGUGGAGGACUACUACUCAGUGUUUCUGGAGAUGGUGCGUAAUCUUCUGGAUGGAAACAUGGAGCCGGCUCAGUAUGAAGACUCCCUGAGAGAGAUGUUUACGAUCCAUGCCUACGUUGCCUUCACCAUGGAUAAACUCAUCCAGAGCAUCGUCCGGCAGCUCCAGCACCUCGUCGCCGAUGAUGUUUGUGCACGUGUGACUGACAUGUACCUGAGUGAAAGUUCCAACAAAGCCACAGGAGGCGCUCUGUCCACGCAGACCUCCAGAACCCCAGCAGAGGGCGUCUACCAGCGUAGAGCAGAGCAGCUGAUGUCAGACGAGAACUGCUUCAAGUUGAUGUUCAUGAAGAGCCGAGGUUCAGUCAGCCUGGCCAUGGAGCUGCUGGACACCGAGGAGGAGAACUCUGAUGAACCGGCAGAUGCAGAAAGGUGGUCAGACUACGUGGGCAGGUACCUGAACUCAGAUUCUGCUUCCUCAGAGCUGCGCGAGCAUCUGGCCGAGAAGCCGGUGUUCCUCCCCAGGAAUCUGAGACGGAUACGGAAAUGCCAGAGAGGCUGGGAGCAGCUGCAGCAGGAGAGGAUGACCAAGGGUUCCUCGGACAAGCCUCAGGAUGGAAACACUGAGCUGAAGAUGGAGUGUAUGUUCAAGCUCAACUCCUACAAGAUGGUUUAUGUCUGCAAGUCAGAGGACUACAUGUACAGACACACAGCGCUCACACGGGCUCAUCAGUCCCACCAGGGGGUCAACACUCGCCUCCACAGACGCUUCCAGUCCUGGUUGGACUCCUGGGCCAAGGAUCACGUGACCGGCGACAUGGCGGCCGACAGCCGGAAGUGGCUGAUGGGAGAAGCUCAGGAAGACCUGCUGCCGUGCUCCACCACCUGCUGCCCCGAGAUCCUCCACUAUCUCCACAUUAACAAGUACCGGGUCCAGUACAGAACUCUGUAGUCUCUCCAGAACCUGGCAGGUUUCACACAAACCGGCCGGAUGAAUUCUCAGACCUGCUUUUACUGGAUUCAUUUGCCAAAAGUUUUCUGGGGUUGUUGAUCUGUAGUUCAGAUAGAUGUAGAUGUUCCACUUUUUGCACAUGAUUCAGGAGCUGAUCUUCAGGCUGCAGCAGAUGUGAGGUAGGAAGUCAUCAUACUGGAUAAAAACUUGCCUGAAUAUUCAGAUCAGAGCAUUAAAUGCAGAUGUUUCCAUGAGAUUAUUGCAGAGAAACAACCUGAAUGCAUCUUUUAGUUGACAGAUUUUGUAAAACAGCAGAAUAAAGUGUUCACUCCUCAUUUCAUAGAAACAGAACAACCUCAACGUUUGUCUUCAGGUAGCAGAACUAGUUCCUGUUCCUCUGUUAGACCUGGACCGUCUGGCUCCAAACCUGUACAGUCUGAAUGUUUCCAUGGUAACGGCGCCGUAGAGCACUAAAUAUAUUCAACAUCUCUGCUGGCUGGACAACUACAGUAAUUUAUGAUUGCCCAAAACUCCGAGUGUAAAUAUGUGUUUAUAUCUAGAUUUUUUUUUAUCGUUGAUGUGUUGCGGACGUUAGCUCACAUAGGAUCCAUCUUUAGAAAGACGUUGCAGAGAAUUUUAUUAAGAAAAUGAACAAUUUUAACAGUUUUUUACCAAAGGAUGUUAAAGUCAGAGGUUUUCUUUGUGGUCUGUUGAACGUGUUGUUGCGUCUGUUGAUAGAAAAGUUCUCAUUUCUGGAUCCGUUGUGCAUUUCUACCUUCAGUAUCUCUGGUUGUUUAAAGAGGAUCGAAUGUAGCCCAGCAGCAGCUUCUCCUAUUUUCAAACUAAACUAAACUGUACGUCUGAAGUCUUAGCAGUCAACUUUUUCUGGUGUUUGGUUGGAAUCUGUGGACAGGUUCAGUAUGAAUCUUCAUUAAUCCAGUGACGGAACAGAAGGUCUGUAGGUGAAUGUCGGUUUAAGAAUUCAGAGAGCAAGCAAUAAGUCCUCCAGUCGCUGUUUAUUAAAGCUACCGGUUUGUAUUUCUGCUGGAAUACGAAUGUGAAUGUUGUAAACCCUUAAGAGGGAUGUAAACUAGGGAUUCUUUUAUUGCCUUUCCUCUCUGCAGUUUAAUAGAAUGAAUUUUCCAUGUGGGCCUGGUAGUGACGUCGGAUGGAUGGUAGUGAUCCAUAAAAUGCUGGAAGGUGUUUCACAUUAGAAACAUAAAAACAGGAUUUAGUUGACUUCAAACCUAAUGAUUUAAUGGAUCGUUACUCUGGCAGGAUGCAGGUUUAGAGACGCUCCUGAUAAAACGCUGUCGUUUCCGGAGACAGUGAUCCGAAACAAAACCAGCCGCAGACAAUCCUGGAAGUGUUUAUUACCAGUGUUUUUAUUUUUCUAUUCACGUGUUUAAUAUGGAAAAACCACAGGAAGUCCCGGGGAGCUGAUUGUACAUAAAGACUUUGUACCUCGUUUACUGUCUCUUGACUUUUCUGAUGUUGUACAGGAGUGUUAGUCUGGUGUUUGGCAUUAAACUAUCCUUUGAGUAGACACAAACAACCUUCUUUCUUCCUUUUCUGUCUUUGUGUUUCUUUUAUCUAUUGUAUAGAUUCCCCCUAAACACCCGUCUGUCUAUCAGAAGUACAUAUUUAGAAGGAUUUCUCCAUAAAAAUAAUCCCUUUCUUUUAAACAGCUUUGAUGUGGCUCUACACUAAACCUCCAUGGGUGGAGGUAUGGUGGUCAUAUGGGGUAUCAGAUGGUCUAUCUAUGGUCCUAUCAUAGCCUCCUUUUCUGAAGCUCCAGCACUCCAGCUCACCUACAUUCUGUUCAAACACUGUAGAACUGCUCUGCACUACACAAAAAUAAGUUGUUAUCGAAGAGAAAUCCAACCAUACAUGAUUGAACUGGAAGAAUCAGAAUGAUUCAUAAAGCUGACAGGAUUACUUCUGAGAUUUGUUCCAUAUAAAACUUUAAAAUUAGAAUCUGUGUCUGAUUUAUCUGCAGAAUAACAGUUUAGAUACUCAGCUGCGUAAUUUACUCAGGAUCACUGUUCCCUCUAAACUGCGCGCGUGCGCAAUUGCACACUGCUGACACGGUCUCCGCGCACAGAAAAUCUGCGCUGCACACAAAAAAAAAAUCCAACCUAAAUUGUAAAUAAAAUAAACACGUAACAAUUCAUUCUGUGCGAUUUUUCAAUGUGAGUCAGUGAGUGACCGGUGACUGGCUGCUGCAGCCAAUGAUGCGAUUCACAUACGUAUUUACCAUAGACUGUAUAUAAUGGUACUUAUGCAGCUAAUCAACGUCAGGCGUCCUUAUGUGCAGCCACCGUUGUUCUCAUAGAUAUGAAUGAGUAGAUAGGACACGCCCCUUUGAGCUGCGUGCUACAGCGAGGCUAAGCUAGUGGGGGCAAAGUUUCAGUGCAUUCCGUUCAUGUAGACGGCGUGAAAACGGAAACAACAAGUAUGCCGGCUCACUGUGCUGCAUACAGUUACACACUACGUUGUACGAUUGAGACAAGGAAACUUGGAAUGACUUUUCAUAGGUAAGAAUAGUUUUUGGCUCUUUUUUCAUUAUGAAAUCUUGUUGAGAGCUACCAGUCUAUGAGAGCUAACUAGUUAGCCACUAGCAAAAUGCUAAGGCGAGCUAGCAGCUUGACAACCAAAUACCAGACGAUUAAUAGUAGCUGUAGUAUAGUUGUACAAGCAGUAGUAGUAAUACUAAAAGUACAAGCAGCAGUAGUAGUAUAAACAGCUGUUAGAGUCGUAGAAGUAGUAUCAGCAUUUGUAAUAGUAUUACAAGUUGUAGUAGCAGUGCCAGUAUCAGCAGCAGUAGUUAGUGUGCUACCACUACUACUAGUAGUAGUCGCAUUGCUAUUACUACCACCAAUACUACCAAUAGUAGUUAUAAAGCCUAACUCAUGUAUAUCCAGAUUACCAUCUAUGUUCUUCCACCAAACCCAUUUUAUGAUUGGGAUUACAGGCAGUUCUUUAGGACUGCUCUCAAAUAAUUGAAAUGUUACUAAACAAGGUUAUACUUAUCAAAUUAAAUAGCUCUGGUCUCCAGUAUAUUGGUGAAUUCGGUUCUUUGUACUUAAUUUAUUAGCAUGAUUUCUUUUUAAUAUGUUGUGUAGAGACUUAUUUACUUGUCUGUCUACUUUUCUUACUCCAUGUAGGUUUCCCAGAGACUAUGGGUUGAGGAGGAAUUGGAAGUUUGUCGGCUUAGACCUGGUGUCAUUCCAUCAGUGUUAAACUUCCCGGCUCAUCUUGGAAGAGUACGUGCCAGAAAAACCACGACCAAGCAGCCUUGAGAUCUUAGACAGCGUCUCCCUGAGGUCCCUCUCUAUCUCCCCACACAUCCACCAACCACUGGAACACAUCUCCAAAGUUCUGCCUGACCAGCUCAGCUUCCCCUCAGAAGAAGUGCCUCCACCUGCCAGAUGAAGUAGCCUUUUGAGAGGCAGCUGGCAUCGUGAUUGGACUGUACUUUGGUCUGUUCCAAUCCAGCUUCAGCUCCAGAGACGGCAGGUGGGACGAGUCAACGGAGGCCGGGUGGACGAAGGCAUGCAGCUGAGUACAAUCCAGAAAACAACAGAGGAGGAGUGCAGCAGACCAGGACCAGAACAAACAGAGUAGCAUCGUAUGUCUCUUAGAAAACAUCAUAGUAUAGCCUUUGCUAUGAAAAAACACCAUCAUAUACAUUGUAUAUUGUACAAAUAACAAGUCAAAGCAAAGAGACAUACAUUGUAGAAUUGUAGUAAUUGUGGGCUGACUGAUUUACUGAUUAUCAGUAUUUUAUUUUUUACUGAUUUAUGGUAAUAAAUACAUUUAAAAAUGGUG